AUGAAAGAAAAGAGUUACGCUGAUGAGUUGAAAAUCCUUGAAAGUUUCAAAGAUACAAGAAAUGAAUGGUUUGUGAAAGUGGAUAAAAAGAAAAAGAGCAGAAAAGCAACUCCGAAAGUUCAAAUUGAGGAGGGUUCGUCAUCUCAGCCAAAGAAAAAGUGUCAAAAGAGAAGUGUUGAGACUAUGCUUGUUGACGAAUCUGAAGAAGAAGCUGAAGAUGAAGCUGAAGCUGAAACUGAGGUUCAUGUUGAAGGAGAUGCUCGUUUAUCUCCUAAUUGUGCAGAGUUUUUGAAAUCUAUUAAUGCUUAUAAUGCUGAAAAAGAAAAGGCAGCUGGUGAGGAAGAAGGUGACGAUGGAGAUAAAAGUUCUUCUAGUUCUGAAUCUGAAGUUGAUGAAACAGAGCGUAUGAGGAGAAUUCAAGCUGAAAUUGCAAAAGAAAAGCAGCUUAAAAGAAAGAGGAGAGAGGAGAAGGAUGAUGAUGUGUAUGUUCCAUCUCCUAAACAUGUGAUAGAAUCUCAGACACCUCCAUCUGGUGGUAGAAAAAGUCAACCACCAUCACCACCACCUGAAUCAUCACCACAUAAAUCUCCACCAAAACAACCUACACCACCACCAUCACCUCCACCACAUCUCUCACCAUUACAUCUUUCACCACUACAUCAAUCACCACCACAUCUAUCACCACUACACCAAACACCUAUUCAAGAACAACCUGUUCUUACUUCACAACAAAUUUUCCAAACACCGCCACUCACACAACCACCUAUCCAAACUACACCAGGUUCUUCUGGUUACAAAUCAUUUCCAAAUAUUCCAAAGGGUAUUACUCUUGAAGAAAUAGGUGAUUUCAACUUUGCAAGUGAUGUUCAAGUAAAGAGUUUGGAAAAGAAAGUUGAAGAAGUAUUGAUUGAAAACAAGAAGCUGGUUGAUCGUGAGAAAAAGCUUGAGAAGCAUGUUAAGUCUGUAGAAGCUGAAAAUUCUUCGCUGUCAAAGAAAAUUGAAGUUGAUCAGACAGAAAUUGAUAUUCUAAAAGUGAAAGUUGCAGAAUUAGAAGAAGAGAAAGCACGCCGAGAUGAGCAGAAUAAGUGA